AUGGUUUAUUCUCGUCGAUCUUUAUCAACCGGCGAUGAUCAGCCUCCUUCUGAUACUGGUAUAGCUUCACCGGAAGAGUCAAGAGCGUUUGAGCUAUGGUUACGAGGCGUCUGGACGGCAAAGGAGAAACGAAUGGAGGGAUUCUAUGAGGAUCAACGGUUUGAGAGUGGAGAGGGAGGUGCACGAGAGGUGGUCACCGUGAAACAGACGUGA